GAGAUAGAACCGAGACGAUGACAAGCAGUUGACAACAGUCUACAAUUGAUAUUCGAGUGAAAAUGGCGCUCUCCGAAGUGUGUGGUAUUAACUCCUUCAUCGAUUUUAGCUUUUCUCAAGAGAAGGAUAAAUUUGCCGGAGAGAUUGAAGCAUAUACCAAAAAUUUUUCCAACAAUCUUCAAUUGUCGGUGCCACCGUUCUUCAAUCCAGCUGAAACUCUUGGUCGCAUAGCCCAGAGUACUGAUGAUACUGGCAAGCAUCUAAAGAUCAAAUUUGAUCAUGGAACCACAACUUUAGGUUUUCAAUAUCAAGGAGGUAUUGUUUUGGCAGUAGAUUCACGUGCUACAGGAGGACAGUUUAUUGGUUCAUCCACUAUGAAGAAAAUAGUAGAAAUUAAUGACUAUCUUCUUGGAACUUUGGCUGGUGGUGCUGCUGAUUGCGUCUAUUGGGAUCGUGUUUUAGCAAAGCAAUGUCGCAUGUAUGAAUUGAGAAACAGAGAACGUAUUUCUAUUGCAGCAGCUAGCAAAUUAUUAUCAAAUAUGAUAUAUAAUUACAAAGGGAUGGGCCUGAGUAUUGGCAUGAUGUUGGCUGGUUGGGAUAAACGAGGACCAGGACUCUAUUAUGUUGAUUCAGAGGGUACUCGUACUCCUGGAAAAGUUUUUAGUGUAGGUUCUGGAUCUGUGUUUGCGUUUGGUGUAUUGGAUUCUGGUUACAAAUGGAAUUUAACUGAUGAAGAAGCUUAUGAACUUGGAAGAAGAUCAAUUUAUCAUGCUACACAUAGAGAUGCAUAUUCAGGCGGUAUUAUAAGAGUAUAUCACAUGAAGUCAACUGGCUGGGUGCACAUUUCAGAUGAAGAUUGUAAAGAUUUGCACUAUGUGUACCUUACUGAGAAAACAGCACAACCGAGUACUUCCCAAGUUUAAUAUAUACAUUGUGCGCACCGACUAAUUGUUUAAAAAAUAAAACAACUUCUAUCUAAUUUAUGAGAAA